AUGGCAGGUGUGGCACCAGAGGGAUCACAAUUUGAUGCUCGUCAAUAUGACGCUAAAAUGAAUGACUUAAUUGCAGCUGAUGGACAAGAUUUCUUCACAUCAUAUGACGAGGUUCAUGAGAGUUUUGAUGCUAUGGGAUUGCUAGAGAACCUCCUUAGGGGCAUCUAUGCUUAUGGUUUUGAGAAGCCGUCUGCAAUCCAGCAAAAGGGAAUUGUUCCAUUUUGCAAGGGCCUUGAUGUUAUUCAGCAAGCCCAGUCUGGUACUGGGAAAACAGCUACUUUCUGCUCUGGAGUCUUGCAACAGCUCGAUUAUGGUUUGGUCCAAUGUCAGGCCUUGGUUUUGGCACCCACCCGAGAACUUGCCCAACAGAUUGAGAAGGUAAUGCGAGCUCUUGGUGACUAUCUGGGUGUGAAGGUUCAUGCUUGUGUAGGUGGAACUAGUGUUCGUGAGGAUCAACGCAUUCUUCAAGCUGGUGUUCACGUAGUAGUUGGCACCCCUGGUCGUGUGUUUGACAUGCUGCGAAGGCAGUCACUUCGACCUGAUUAUAUUAAGAUGUUUGUAUUGGAUGAGGCAGAUGAAAUGCUUUCACGAGGUUUUAAGGAUCAGAUCUAUGACAUAUUCCAGCUGCUGCCUUCUAAAGUUCAAGUGGGGGUCUUUUCUGCCACAAUGCCACCUGAAGCCCUCGAGAUCACUAGGAAGUUUAUGAAUAAGCCAGUGAGGAUUUUGGUGAAACGUGAUGAGCUAACUCUUGAGGGUAUCAAGCAAUUUUAUGUCAAUGUGGAAAAGGAAGAUUGGAAGCUUGAAACACUCUGCGAUCUCUAUGAGACCCUGGCUAUCACCCAGAGUGUCAUUUUUGUUAACACGCGGCGCAAGGUUGACUGGCUUACUGACAAAAUGCGAAGCCGCGACCACACAGUUUCAGCCACCCAUGGAGACAUGGAUCAGAAUACUCGGGAUAUAAUCAUGCGUGAAUUCCGCUCUGGCUCCUCUCGUGUUCUGAUCACCACUGAUCUUUUGGCUCGUGGAAUCGAUGUCCAGCAGGUAUCUCUUGUCAUAAACUAUGAUCUUCCAACUCAGCCCGAAAAUUAUCUCCAUCGAAUUGGACGAAGUGGGCGGUUUGGAAGAAAAGGAGUUGCCAUAAAUUUUGUGACUAAGGAAGAUGAGAGAAUGCUGUUCGACAUUCAGAAGUUCUAUAAUGUCGUCGUUGAAGAACUGCCAUCCAAUGUUGCGGAUCUCCUCUGAAGAGGUUUUUAUGAGUUUAUGGAGGUAAGGUUAAGGGGCUUUCCAUCUCUUAAACACUAGUUAAUCAUGUAUUGGUUCUCUGCCUAGUUUCAUAAUUUAUUGUCUCAAAGCAGAUCUGACCUAAUGAUAUGGGUCCUGCAUCUUUUGCAAUCUGGUGGGUUAGUGUCAAGUCUACCAUUUCAGGUGGUGGUUGCAUACAGCAUUGCAAAUUUUGUUGCAGGUGGGGUUUUGUAUCGUCUUGUCUCGUCUUUUCUUUUACUUUUAGUUAAAAAUUUUGGUUAAUUGCCCGAAGGUUUGUAGUUUGGAUUGAUUUAUUUAAAUGUUAAGUUUUUUGAAUUCUCAGCAAUGGGUAAUACAUUAUAAAUGGGAUGAUGUGUUAUUCUUGUUAGUGAUGACUAGAUCUGUUCUUUAACUUUUCAGCCUCCUACAUAUCUUUUUGGUGCAUUCAUUGGCAGCUAAAACUGUGGUUUAUUCUUACCGUUACCAUGAACAAAUUUUCAAUUGGCAUUGCUUGUUUUUGUACUCGUUUUGGGGGCAAUGAUGACUCUGGAUCCGGAUUCGUAAUGCUGUCGAGAAAAAUAUUAGUCAAACAUGGAAUAUAUUGAUUCCGGGUUUGUUUUACCCAAUCCAGGAGAGAUAUCCCACGAGCCAAACGGUCGCUUUUGUUUUGCUGUGAAUGAUUUGGAGUGCUUUACCCGAAGCCAACGAAUCCAAUAAAUAGGACAAGCUGCACAUCACUGUAUAUCUCAAAGUUAGGCCCCAACAAUUUGUCAUGCUACAACUUAUUCUUUUUUUUCUAAUUUCUAGCGAUGUGCCAAAAUUUAGUCAGUUGUACUCGAGCUUAAGGUUGAUAAUUAAAUUGA